UAAAUCACUGGGUUAAAUUUCUUUGACAAAUAGUAUAAAAUGCGUCGCGACCGUGAAGACGCCGCAGUGAACGCAACCAUUAUUUUUGUUAUUGUCGCCAAGUGACUGCGUGUUCUACGUGAGUGGUUUAUAGUACGUGCGACAAAGUGAACAAAACAAAUCGACGUAAGGACGGUUAUUCAUCGGGAUACGUACCAUCUCGGGUCACCUCAUGGACGGCACAAGUCUCAUCACUCGAUGUCACCGGUUAAUUUAGUAACGAAACGAAAUUCGACUAGUGUAAACUGGCAUUGUGUCGCGGCAUACGUUAAAAUGAGACGCAACCGUGCGGAAUCUACCGACUGAUCUGAACGCCGUCAAAAGAUAUAUCGACACGUAAUUCGAGUUUCGAGACUUCAGUGGAUGAUGAGCGGAGAAUGUUUACGCGUACGAAACGAAGCAAGGAACAGAUCGGAGUCGUUAAUAACAGGUGCGGUGAGUGAUAGUUCUCGUUCAAACGAUAUUUUAACCUGUUCGCGAGCAGAAGGAAUCGUAGAAUGAAAAUGAUUCUCUGUAUGAGAAUGUUGUGACAAUCGUUGUACCUGUGGCGGACCAUUUGAUAGCAAUAAUCGAACUUUGUGAGUACGAAACUCAGUUUCCCGGACUUUCGUAAAAAGUGAUCUUUCAUAUCAUUUUAUUGUACGGAUCUACGCCGCUGCUUCUAUGUUCGUGUCGACGACGGGCAGUUGGAGCUGUUUUCUUACUCGCAUGAAAACCCUGUGAUAGCCGAUGCCAGUAACGCCAUUACUUUGGAAUUAAAUCGAGUGCGAGGAGAAGGUGGAUCCAAAAAUCGUCUUGAUCGAGAAUGAUUGGUGACGUACGCCGAACGGGCCAGUAUUCAUGCCAGUAUGCCAAUCAGAUGCCAGUAGACAGCCAGUAUCUGUAUCUGUCGCCAUCAGUAGCCAAUUAAUAAGUUACUUACGAUUAGAUAGUUAAAUUUGUAGGCAAUACAUCACCGUUUUGGAUAAUCAUUGGCAGAGAACGUCGUUUAAUAGGCGUAACGGAUGUACACGUAUAUGCACAGCGUGUUGAAUACACAUUCACGUGCGGAUAUACAUGCUCGCGUGUAUAAUAUAACCGAGAAGCAAUAAGUAUCGAGUCGCGAGCAAUUAUCUUCACAUCGUCAAACCUACAUUUUUUUCUCCGACCACAAUUUUCUCCGCUCCGUUCGUCGGUUUCUUUUCUUUUUUUUUUAAUCAUCGGUGACCGCGUGUUCUCGGCGAGAGUAUAUUCGCAUAAAAAUUGGACAGAGUGCAAUCGGGUUGUGAUUAUCGAAGUGGACUGACCGAUCGAUUUCUCGGCUGUGAAGUGAAUUAAUACUCCAGGAAAACGAUUGAAACGGAGAAAGGAAGUGAACAGCGUACACACAGGCGAGCACGGUGGCUGGAAACGCUGACUUACAACGAGAGCGCCAACCUGCAAUCAAGGUUCAUGGUUUUCAUGGAUGAGAGCGAGCUCUCGAGCAAGCGGUGGGCCAGUGCGCCCCGCCGCCCGGACAGCCCCUGCGUCCUGGGGGCACCAACGUCUAGGGAGGCGGCGGGACCGCCGGUGCAGCUGGAACCAGUGGACCUGUCCGUGAAAACUCCCGUGGUGUUGCAGGUGCCUCGGUACAGUCCGGCGGCUAUAAUUACCGCCGCGGCUAGAAGAAUCCCUUCACCUUCGAUGACGCCUACACCGCCGCCGCUCUCCGUAUCUACCGUGUCGCCGCCUUUGCCGCCGCUGUGCGAGGCAGCGUGGGAGAGAAACCGGGAACGGGAACGAGACCGCGAGAGGGUGCGAGAGAGGAGCACGGAGAACGAGCAGCACAGGGAACGGCAGCAAGAAAGAGAAUCAGGGUUCAGGGAAAGGGACAGGGAGAGGGAGAGGGAGCCGCGGGAUCGAGAAAAGGAACGAGAUCGCGAUAGGGAGAGGCAGAGGGACAGGGAAAGGGACAGAGAGAGGGACGCGUCGGUCCGCAUGAUGGAACCGCUCGAUCCUGUCUUCGUUUCCCCAUCGGCGGCCCUGCUCGCGUUGCAGAGGAUAAAGGAAACGUCCCUGGUGUUUCACAAGCGUCCUGCGCUCGCGGCCGGGAUUGGGAUCGGAAGUAGAGGAAAUUCCGGUGUCGGGGGAAACGGCGCGAGCUUAGCAAUGGACAACGAGUGCGGCGACGCGUUGAAGAGACGUAAAGUUCACAGAUGCGACGUGGCGGGUUGCGACAAGGUGUACACGAAAAGCUCCCACUUAAAGGCUCACAAGAGAACCCACACCGGCGAGAAACCGUACCAGUGCACAUGGGAGGGUUGCACGUGGAAAUUCGCGCGUUCCGACGAAUUAACGCGGCAUUAUCGCAAGCACACGGGCCAGAAGCCGUUCAAGUGCCAUCUUUGUCAGCGAUCGUUUUCGCGGAGCGAUCACCUCUCGCUACACAUGAAAAGGCACUGAUAAAGAGGACCGACUGUCUAGCCCUGGCCAUUAAUCGCCGGGACUCGAGCGACAGAUAAAGAGGAGGAUGACCUCGAUGAAAUCGAGGAUCGAAUCCGUGAUCGUGGACGACGUCGAUGAUUCUUUUUUUUUUACAUUCGGGACCUGAAGAGCCUUAACGCGGCGUUUGGGAGUCGUUUUCAACCGAGGACCGAGCGCCGGAGGCGGAAACUAGGAAAAAAUUAAAGGAACAAACGAAUCGUUCAUUAGGUUUAUUAAUGGACUCUAAUGAAAGUAUCAUUGCGAUUAUCGAUGGACGAUCGUGCGAACCUGUAAGCAAUCGCGACACACUCGUUGAAAUUUCAUUAAUUCUAUGUAUUUUGUUGAGUCGCCUCUGUUUUUCUCGUGAUCUUAGUUGUGGAGAAGUAGCGUGUAAGGAUUGUUGAUAUUUAAAAUUUACGAUGAACAUUUUAUUUAUUCUAGAAGCGUUAUUUAAGAACACCGGGCGAAGCCUAGCUUCGCGACGGUGGAGAGAAGAGCCGGCGGAUGAAACGCCGCUGCGAUUGCUGCAGGUUCUCCGCGAACCAGCACGCGGUAACGCGUGCACUUCUGUUUUUAUUUCUAGCCAAUUUUUACUUGUUCGUAUUUCCAGUUUGUUUCUCUUUUUUUGUACGAUUAAAUAAGGCCAGCUCAACUAGUCUAGAGCAGCAUAUGUAUCGUCUAUUGCGAAGAAUAGAGCCAGUAAAGGGAAAUAUGAAGUAAUAUCGUUAAGGUAAUUAUACGCGGUUAAAUAUUAAGUAAAGAGAAUAUCGAACUCCGGUGACGGAGCUUGGGACUUAGCAUGCUCAGUUAAAUAAACUACAAACCGUGAUCGUUAAGCGUUACAUUUUUUAAUGCAUUAAAUAGCGAUUUAUCAGAUAAAUGUGCACAAAGAAUUUCGCGUUUAGGGACGGACAAUCAUCGAUGUUUUCAUUGUCUACGAAAGCAGGCAAGGGAAUUUCACGCUCUGAUAGCCAGUAUUACGUGUACAUUAAGCAAUACGAUCGAAUAUACUGUCGAUGUCAUCGCGAUGCUUUUUCGAGUCUUUUUUCUCUAAAGCAAAAUGAAUUCUUCAAUCUUACCGUUCUAAACGGUGUGCCGUUCGGUCUAUACGUAUUAUACACAGACAAGGUGCCAAAGUAGAAGGUGCAUACGUAUUGUGCAAACGACGAUACCCACUCAUACGUUACGCUCAAACAUAAGAAUAGAAGAAAAGAAGAGAAAAGAAAAAAGCAGAUUAUUUUUUAAACGCUUUUUCAUCUCGCUCGUCGCACGCGACGAAACAAAUUUCUGCACAUUUUAUUUUGGCAUCUGUUGCAAAACGAAACAGCUCAAGAAGUACACAUUCGAAGUCAAUAAUAACGAAAACCUAAAGCUGGUUGAGAAGCAAGAACGUGGAAUAUUCUAGGAAAAUCCUGAACGCACGUCUACGUUCCUCGUGGUUUAAAAAGAAGCUAUUGAGAAAGUGCGUAUAUUGAAAUACAUAUAAUUGGUACAUCGGUCAAUGGACUAUUUAAUUCGUGUGUAACUAAAUGCGUAGGCGAAACGAGUCUGAAAGUAACACGUUCAAUAGAAAAAAGAGAUUACGUAUAGUCGUGACAUAUCGAAAAAGAAGGCAUCGAUUCUGCGCGUCGAAAGUGGAACCAGGCUAUCCUCACGCGAUACGUUAUUUGAAUGAAGCUGCUUACGGGAAAGGGUGAGUGGACGCACUUUUAUACAUAGAUCGGUCCAACGGCUACAAUAUAAAAAUCGUGGCCACGCGGCGUUAUAGUUACGGUUUCAUUUCCUGCCAACAGCUUAACGAGUGAAAGUUUCGCGUGGCGUUAGUCAGACGUAUCGCACGAGAAUCGGAUAGCUAGCUUGUAAAUAAUUUAAAAACCUUGUGUAAACGACUUCUCCGUACGUACGGUACAUGUAUGUAUACCAUUCCCUCGUUUUCUUCGAACACGCGUCUCCUUUCUUUUCAUUUUUCCUUUCCCACCGCGGAAGUAACGCGGCUAAGGGUAGUUAAAAGACGGAAAAUUCUCUCGAACGCUAGUUGUAAACAAGAUGAUGGAACAAGAUGCCAGUAUAUAUUAGAGCCAGUUUAUACCAUUAAAAGAUGAAGAUAGAAGGAACCUCUAUGAGUAAGAUUAGCACGGAGAUCGAUGAAUUAAUAAUUGUUACACGUUGUAUUUUGAUAGGGAAUAGUGCCUUUUAACGUUAAGGAAGAGAACGCUGCGUUAGGCCUUAAGUAUACUGCUAGUGCCUUAAGUCACGCGAAUCUUCGUGCUUGUACACAUUUCAUAACGCGACCAUUUGAAUCCUCGUCCGGAGGACCAGUGAGAUAUAUCAACCGUUGCUUUAUUCGACCAAUACUCGUGGAAAUCGAGUAAAGAGAUUCCGACUACGUUCAUCUUAACGUUGUAUCAUGCCAUUUCAUGAGAAUGAAAUUUAACCGAUGUUAUUUUACUUCCUGUUCACCGACAUAAUUCUAAAGAGGAUCAAGCUUGUCAUAUUUAUUAAAAAAAUUCGCUUUCACUGAUACUUUGCGAUUCCGAAUAUAUUCUGAACGCAGCUUAUUAGAAAAGACAAAUUACUCAUUGAUGCGCUUUUACACACAAUACAUUUUUUAUCAGACAUAUAAAACGAGUUCAGUUCGUUCGAGAUCGGCCGCAAUUUCUCAUUUCUCGAUGAAGUAAGCAUCUGUUCCAUUUGUGAGCACCGACGACUGAUAUCGAGCAAAGACCAAUCGCGGCUGCUUCCUGGUCGAGCGUAUGAAUAAAUUUCGUACGAUCGUCACUGCGAAAUUCAAUCCGAAAAUGUACGAGGUGCCACCCAGCAUGCCACGCUCCACGAUCUUGAUGACUGAUACCGUUGUACCUUUCCUGUAGUGAAUUUCUUCACCGGAGCAGCCGUCAGUAAUCUGAGCGUAGCGCGGGCGAUGAGAAAUGCAUACUGACGUCAUGCCGACACCCUCUUUGAUCAUUAUCAUUUUUUUCCACCGUCAGCUCGUGCCGGGUCGUACGCUCCUCGACGAUGCAUCCCGGCCGGCGUUGUACCUCCACCUCGGGACGAUUCAUUUCGGCUAAUUGUCGACGGAACGAUAAAACGAUAUCGCUUUCGGUUAACUCUUGACCGGACACGUACCCUCGCACACUGCGAAACGCCUCCUCGUUCUUCAUCAUUGGAAUUUUCGAGCGAACUAGCGUACUGCCCCCCCUCUCUUCGGAUCUCCAUUAGUCGAGAUUGAUAACGAUGAACUGCCAUCCUCGAUUCAGAAGGAAGUCUUUCUUCGUACAAUGUACAUUCCACUUUCAUUGAUAGUCUUCGUAAAUAAGUGUUAUUAAAUUAUUUUAUUCAAUUUUCGUGGGAUACCCGUCUAAGUCACGAUAUACAGAAUAGAGGGUUUUUUUUUUUUUU